AGUAUCAUUGGCUCAGACGGGGUUGCGCCUUCCCUCGCAUGGCCGUUGCGCCUCGCAGCACAACCUCUCUGUCGACAGACACCUCUCUGUCGACAGACAGCACGACCACAGACUGUGGCUUUGACGACGACCUUGCAGAGCUCGACGUUGUACUCGCAGUUGAGGAGUGUGCCAGCUACGUCUUCCAGCGCUUCGCGCGAAAGGCCCGUGUGCACGUGGCCUGUUGCAACACCUGGCGCGAGUUGAUGCGCUUUUUGCUGCGAGCGCAAGAGAAUGACCUGGAGCGGCCCUUGGUGGUGAUCUUGGACGACGUGCAUUGGCUUCACGCGGUGAAGGAGAUGCCCUUCACUGUCAGGUGCCCCUUCCUGGUGGAUGCAACAGGUUCCACCAAGGAAGCUGGGCUUCUAGCCUCCUGCAGCUUCUCGGAGUUCCAGGAGAUCCUGAAGCAGGGCAUUUGGCACUAUGCAAAGCUGUGCGAUCGCUGCCUCUAAAGGACUCGGCUGCAACCGCCUCUCCCUUUGGGGUCGUAUCGCCUCUAAAGGAUUCGGCUGCAACCGCCUCAUCUCCCAAAGGGGGGUCGUGGGGCCCCAGCGCGCGUCCGCCGAAACGCGGAGCUCGCGCUGCUGUGUGUUUUUGGAGGGUGUCACAGGCGUCCGUAGUUUCCCCAUGCUGUUGAGACUGACUUGGCAGAGAAGUUGUAACGGAUUGGGACCAAGUUUGCUUGAGAGGACCCUGGUCCACGCUGCGGCUCAUGUCUCUUGGGGCCUAUGUUACCCAAGCUUCGCGGCCUAAGCGCGUUUUCAGCUGCGCAGCUGGAGUUUCGGGAUGUUGCCGCUUCCGGCACGGAGUGCCGGUGGCGAUAUCCAGUGUUCGGUGGUUAUGCUUGGUCAACUGACACGCCCUCAAGCCUCCUGUUGGUG